CAUAGCUACCCCAUCAAUAACAUGAUAAUCAAUUUAUUUGUUUAUAAAGAUCACUGAUCAUUUGAUGUAUUCUCUCAUCUUGCAAUACAAAUGUUGACACAAUGUAGAAGCUAUAACCCAUGCACGUGCACCGAUCAAUCCACCGAUCCCAACCUGUGAAAGGUGAUCUGAUCUUGCCCUAUCAACCAAGAGGCCACGCACGUGCGACACGUAUACUCACGUGUCCGCAGCAGGUGAUGUUUACGUGUCAGGAGGAGGAUCUUCGUCUUGGUAGUACCAUGACACGUACGUGUUUCCGCAAACCCUGUUGCUUCCUAUAAAAACGCAUUGCUCUUCACUCUUCUUCCUUAAUUAUCAACAGUGACAGUGAUCACAGACAUAAAACAUUGAAAACAAUGUCGCAGUUGCUGAAUAAAGCCAAGAACUUCGUAUCCGAGAAGGUCAACGACGUGGCCAAGCCGGAGGCGAGUGUGACAAACGUGGACUUCCAGCGCGUGACCAAGGACAGUGUCGAGUAUUUGGCCAAUGUCUCUGUUCAUAACCCUUAUUCCACUCCAAUCCCCAUUUGUGAGAUCAACUACUCUUUCAAAAGCGCCACCAGGGAGAUAGCAUCUGGAAGGAUACCGGACCCUGGUUCCUUGAAGGCGAAGGACAUGACAAUGGUGAAUGUGCCGGUGAAGGUGCCGUACAGCAUAUUGAUGAGCUUGGCAAAGGAUAUUGGAGCUGAUUGGGAUAUUGACUAUCAACUGGAUAUUGGUCUGGUUAUUGACCUUCCUGCAAUUGGCAACUUCACCAUUCCUCUUUCUCACAAGGGAGAGGUCAAGCUACCAAACCCUGCUAGCAUGUUCGCCUAGAACAAACAACACUGUACCCUAAUGCUAGUUUGUAUGUCUUACCGUGGUGCAGCAGCUUAUAGUGGUGUAUGUUUAAAUUUCCCAAAUUACAAAUAAUACGUAUACAGUUUUAAUGUAUAACCCUUUUCA